CUUCCCGCGGCUGCGUGGCGCGGGGCGUGCGCCCACCCCUCCGGCCCACCCACCCACACAACGCGGCAGCGCCUGGAGCCCGGGCCGGCUGCUCGGCGGAGGUGUCGGGGUGCGGGUGAGCACCCCCGGCGUGCUGUCCUCACGCCCCCCGCAGCUCGCCCUCGGAAUUCUCGGUGCAGUCGCACAGCCUGCAGAGAAAGCCCCGCCGCCUUCGGCUCCGGGGGUCCGAGGGGGGCUGGAUGCGGUGUCCUACCGAGCAUCGAGCAGCACGCCGAGAGCAGUCUCCCAUCCGAGCUUCGCCCACAGCGAGCUGCCAGCAUUCUGUGAGGAUGGCAGUGAGCCACUCAGUGAAGGAGCGGACCAUCUCCGAGAACAGCCUGAUCAUCCUUCUGCAGGGACUGCAAGGCCAGGUCACCACCGUGGACCUGCGGGACGAGAGUGUGGCCCGAGGCCGCAUAGACAACGUCGAUGCCUUCAUGAACAUCCGCCUGGCCAAAGUCACCUAUACGGACCGCUGGGGGCAUCAGGUCGAGCUGGAUGACCUCUUUGUGACAGGCCGGAACGUCCGUUACGUCCACAUCCCAGAUGACGUGAACAUCACCGCCACCAUCGAGAAGCAGCUGCAGCUCAUCCACCGGGUGCGCAACUUUGGUGGCAAGGGUCAAGGCCAAGGCCGGCGGGAGUUCCCCACCAAGAAAUAUAAGUGAGCUCGUUCCUUCAGCAGGCCCCGGGCCCCGCUCACCUCUCACCACUGCUCUCUGGAGCCACGCGCCCGAGCUCUCUUCCUGCUCAGAACCAGGAAAGGGAGUAGGGCCCAGAAGCUGGUGUCCAACCGACACCACCUGCCACAGCUGCCUUCCCAGGGUCUGCUUCCAGACUCCCAUGGGGACCCAGGAUCCUGUUUAUUUAUCUGUGGCCUUGACAUAGGUGACAAUCCCUCCUUUGGAUCUUUUGCAUCUGGAGCUCUGACUUACUGAUUUAGGGAAUCUGUCAAAUAGCUUUCAACCCUCUCCCACUCAGGAUUAUUAAAUAUGCUUGGCCA